UUUCGGAGUAGUAUAGAUUGAGAUUCUUGUUAAAGCAGAAUAUUUAAAGACACUGUGUGCGCGAGAAAAUGCUCGUUUGCGAGCUAAUUUGACAUAUAAUAUUUGAAAUGUAGAUUUGAAAAUUAAGCAAAUAGAUCAUAGCAUUUAUUCCGUCAUUUCUCAUUUAUUUCGUUUGCUAUAAAGAUUUCUCCUCUGCAAACGGCAGAUGCUACAUGUUAAAUAACAAUGUCAAUAAUGAAUAUGUUGAUUUUAAUUCUCUUUGCAAAUCAAGUAAGACAUAUUUUUGGAGAAUUGAUCGUAUUGCGCGGACCACUCCGUGACGCUAAACAUGAAGUGUUAUGCAUCUCGGAAGAUGAUGGAGGUGCCUUGAAAUGGAACACACGGAUAAUACUUAAUGUUCACAAACCGUUUAGUUCGGAAAAAUCUGGAAUACUAUUUCCCAAUGCAUGUAACUUUAGCAAUAAUGAGAUAGAUUGUGAAAUGAACGAGAGUUAUGGAUGUUUAACACGGUGGAACAGAGAACAUUGGAAGUUCACACAUUCUGCUAGUACACAUAUGGGUCCUGUUUUCGAUAAACGAUCGGAAGCAUUCACAGUAUUUAAAUAUGAGCCUCUCUACCGUGAUAUAUAUCGUAAUAGUACGGGCACAAUAGUUGUCUCAUUUUCGGUUCGAACGAAAAGGGAUGUCCACAUAUUGAUCUGUAACAAAGAAUAUACAACAGGCUUCUGCUAUUGGAUUAUAAUAGGCGGUUGGAACAAUACAAAAUCUGUCAUCCGAAAAUGCCCGACAGGAGUGCCGUCAAUAGGGGAAAAUCUCCAGAAAACCUCGCAAUGUGCAAUAGAACGUGCCCAUUUAAAUCAUACAGCAUUUUAUAAAAACGAAUGGCGAACUUUUGUUAUCAUGUGGAAUCCUGCGAUACGAAAUAUAUCCAUUUACGAUCCUAAUCGAUUGAUUAUGACAUACAAAGACACGGAAGAAUAUGAUAAAAUGAAAUUCUCCAACAUAUUUCUCAGAAACGACGUAUACAUGUUAAUUCUAUAUCACAAUUAUUCUUUUCUCUACACGGAUACCCAGGAUGCGGUUUUAAGGAGCCCCACGUUUCAUCUAAUCAAUAACGUGACAUGUUUGCAACUACUAAUUGGUCUUUGCGCAGAGUGCGAUGCAGAUAUAGUGUUGCGCGAUUCUGUAACUAAUAAAACGAUACACAUAGUAACGGUAAAUGGCUCGUCGGUGACGGCAUCGCAUGGCUUGCCUAUGUGGCAAUCUGUUAAAAUCGAGAAAGAUUCACAAAUACCCAAUCGAAAUGCCAUGAGACUCGAAGUGAUUCCAAAACUCAGGGUACUCAAUAUAAAUCCGGUAUGGGCGAUAGCGAAUAUUCGUGAAUGUCCUCCAAAAGGAUGCUUUAGAGUAAUCGCCGGAAGCGUAGUCAGUGAAACCAGUGUCGAUGAAAGAGAUGCGAUCUCCAAAUAUGGAUAUUAUUGGCAGAAUAUAACGUGUCAAAAACUAUUUUACAAAGAACAAUCUGUAGUGCAUCCUUUAUGGAAAGCUGAAUUAAAUAUGGAACUAGAUGAUGCAAAUUGUAGUUUCGGAUAUACUGGACCGAAAUGUUUGAUCCAAUGCAAAACUAAUCCAGACAGCAAGCUUGACUGCAAAGGAAUCGUUAUCUGUAAUAAAAACGGAUGUACUUGCCCAGCAGGUUAUAUAGGACAUCAAUGUGACCAACUAUGUAGCAAAGGUUUUUACAGCCAUAGCUGUAAAAAAUGUGGCAAGUGUUUCCAGGAUAAACCGUGUCAUCGAGAAACUGGAGCAUGCCUUGGUGGAUGCAAAAAUACGGCAAAUUAUACUUACAUACCCCCUUUAUGUCAAAUAGCCAUUGAUACUCCGAAUAAACUUCAAAUCAUCUUUAGAAACCAAACAACUAUCAUAGCAAAUGCAGAAAUGAAAUGGAAAGAAGAAUUCAAGGAACAAAAAAUUUUUUAUUCAUUUCGCAUUAAAGCCUUGGAUGGUAAGUUUAUAAAUCGACAAAUUUGGAUCAGAAUAUUGCAAAAUAACGCUCAAUUGGUAGCAAAAUUUGACCAUUUGCUACCUGCUACAUUUUAUAAAAUAAUGUGCUCUUUAUCUAUUGGGCAGACUAUAGUAAAUAGCACCUGGUUGAUUGUCGAGACUUCUUGCGACAGGAUUCAUGACUUUCGUAUAAUGCCGAAUAUAACAAACUUAACGAUUGAUGUGGGAGACAACGAAAACAAAACAUUGUAUUCAUGCCCAACAAAUUCGUAUCGUCUGUUAAUCAAACAAACAGAUAAUCAAAAUAGUCAUACACAAAUGACGAAUAUUUCUAUUACAUCUUUUCCAUAUACAAUAUCACAUUUAACACCAAACACAUCUUACAUUGUUAAAGUACUGCAUGCAAAUGAUAUACUUUUUUAUGAUACAAUCCGCACACUCAAAGCAGAAUGUAGAAAUGGUUUCUAUGGCCUUGAUUGCAGAAGAAAAUGUGGUUCAUGUCUGCACGACAAACAGUGCGAUCGUGCAAGUGGAGCAUGUUCUACAGGAUGCAAAAAUACGGCAAAUUAUACUUACAUAUCUCCUUUGUGUCAAACAGGAUUUGCUGCUCCAAAUGAACUUCAGAUUGUAUUUAAAAACCAAACUACUAUCAUAGCUACUGUUCCAGUAAAGUGGGAGGAGGAAUAUGAAAAAGCUGAAAUUUCAUAUUUAUUUGAGAUUAAAAUAUUGGACGGAAAUUCUGUGGAUCGACAAGUGUGGAAGAGAAUAUUUUCAAAUACCACCGAAUUGAUAGGAACAUUUAAAAAUUUGCAACAUGCUACAAUUUAUCAAAUAAUGUGCUCUUUAUUUAUUGAGGAGACAGUGUUAAAUAGUGUCUGGGUGAAUGUCGAGACUACUUGCGACACGAUUCAUGACUUUCGUAUAACGCCGAAUAUAACAAACUUAACGAUUGACAUGGGAAACAACGAAAACCAAACAUUGUAUCCAUGUCCAACAAAUUCGUAUCGCCUGCUAAUCGAACAAAGAGAUGAUCAAUAUCGCUACAUACAAACAAUGAAUACUUCAAUUACAUCUUUUCCAUAUACAUUACGUUUAACGCCAGGCACAUCUUACAUUGUUAAAGUACUUCAUGCAAAUAAAAUACUUUUUUAUGAAAUAAUCCGCAAAUUAGGAGCAGAAUGUAGAAACGGUAUCUAUGGCCUUGAUUGUACAAGAAAGUGUGGUUCAUGUCUGCACGACAAACAGUGCGAUCAUGUAAGUGGAGCAUGUCCUACUGGAUGCAAAAAUACAGCAAAUUAUACUUACAUAUCUCCUUUGUGUCAAACAGGUCUUGGUGCGCCAAAAGAACUUCAGAUCGUAUUUAAGAACCAAACGACUGUCGUAGCCUCUGUUCCAAUGAAGUGGGAGGAGGAAUAUGAAAAAGCUGAUAUUUCAUAUUCAUUCAAUAUUAAAAUAUUAGACGGAAAUUCUGUGGAUCGACAAGUGUGGAAGAAAAUAUUUUCAAAUACUACCGAAUUGAUAGGAACAUUUAAAAAUUUGCAACAUGCUACAAUUUAUCAAAUAAUGUGCUCUUUAUCUAUUGGGCAAACUGUACUAAAUGGCACCUGGUUGAAUGUGGAAACUACUUGCGACACGAUUCAUGACUUUCGUAUAACGCCGAAUAUAACGAACUUAACGAUUGACAUGGGAAACAACGGAAACCAAACAUUGUAUGUAUGCCCAGCAAAUUCGUAUCGUCUGCUAUUCAAACAAACAGACAAUGAAAAUAAUCACAUACAAACGAUGAAUACUUCAAUUACAUCUUUUCCGUAUACAUUAUCACGUUUAACACCACACACGUCUUACAUUGUUUUGAUACUCCAUAGAAAUAAAAUACUUUUUUAUGAAAUAAUCCGUACACUGGAUGUAGAAUGUAGAAACGGUUUUUAUGGUCUUGAUUGCAGAAGUAAAUGUGGCUCAUGUUUGCACGAUAAACAGUGUGAUCGUGCAAGUGGAGCAUGCCUUAUAGGGUGUAAAAAUAAGGCCAAUUACAUUUACAUAUCUCCUUUAUGUCAAACAGGUCUUGGUGCGCCAAAUGAACUUCAUAUCGUAUUUAAGAACCAAACGACUGUCGUAGCCUCUGUUCCAAUGAAGUGGGAGGAGGAAUAUGAAAAAGCUGAUAUUUCAUAUUCAUUCGAAAUUAAAACAUUGGACGGAAUUUCCGUGGAUCGACAAGUGUGGAAAAGAGUAUUUUCAAAUACUACUGAAUUGAUAGGAAAAUUUGAAAAUUUGCAACCUGCUACAAUUUAUCAAAUUAUGGGUUUAUUAUUUAUUGAAGAGGAGGUAAUAAGGGGUACCUCUAUGAAUGUUAAAACCACUUGCGUUCCGGUUAAAGAUUUCCAUAUAACACCGAAUGAGACAAGCUUAACCAUUGACACGGAAAACGGAGAAAAUAGUUUGUAUUCCUGCUCGACAAAUUCGUAUCGUCUGCUAUUCCAACAAGCAGAUAGCCAGAAUGACCAAAUGAUUAAUACAUCAUUAACAUCCUUCCCAUAUACAUUAUCACAUUUAACACCAUACACGUGUUAUAAUAUUGUUAUAUUUCAUGAAAAUGAGAAAUUGUUUGCUGGAGAAUUCUGCACGCUCGAAGGAGUUCCAUCGGAAGUGAGAAAUCUUGUAGCGAUUUCGACUUCAAGUUCGCGAGUCAAACUGACUUGGACUUCUCCCCAGAAACCAAACGGAGUAAUAACUAAAUACAUGAUUUUCUUGAAGAUAGAAGAAUAUUUUGGAUGUCGAGAUUAUAAAUUGCACACAACGAUUAACCAUAUUAUUACGAGAACGAUAAAUACAACAUUAAUUACGAUUUCAGAAUUACAUCCAUAUGCAAAAUUUGAUGUACAAGUUGUAGCACACAAUUCAAGAUAUUACAGCAAAUCAGCAAAGGCGACAUUUCACACUGUGGCAACGGAGGUACCAGCAGUUACGUUUUCUCAAUUGAGAAUGCAAGAUUGGAUAUUAUCGUGGAAACCUCCUGAAAACUGCACGACGAUUUUGGGGCCACUAAAAGUCACUAGAGUCGAAAUACGGGGAAUUAGUGACGCCGUUAAAAAUUUCUAUGUGAUCAAAAAUACCUCACGCAACUAUUUGGAUAUGCAUGAGCUAUUAUACGGUGCUGAACGAUAUGUUGUGAAAAUUUUCGCUCUGAGAGACUACGGGCACCAAGUAAAUUCCUCCGCUUAUAAAGAAUAUGAGUUCGAAACACCGUCUAAAGCACCGCCUAAAGUAAUUAAUCUGGACGUCGUGGAAGUUGAUAAUAACCAAAUGAUACACUUAAGAUGGCAAAGUCCAUCUCUACCUACCAACGGAAAAUUGAACAAUUACUUUGUCCGCUUAUGUGAUAAAAACACAACGGACUGUGUCCAGAUAUAUGUUCAGCUAAAUGAGACCUGCGACUUAUGGGACAACUAUAUAUGUAAAACUGUUCAAGGAACAAAUAAUCAACAAAUUUAUGUUGUAGCCUAUAAUAAGGAUGUCUCUCAACCAAGUCCUUUUGCUUUCGUCACAAAGGAAAUGCUCAGUAAUACAAAGCUCGACGUACCACGCAAUUUUACUCUCACGACUCGUGACCACGGUAUAGUCGACAUUCAAUGGCUUCAUCCUUGGAGGACAGGUGGUCAUCUACAGUGCUUUCGCAUCAAAGUGGAAGAAAUUUCGUCAAAUCUCAGAAAUCGAGUGUUUCCAUCAUCCAAGAUCGCGAUACACGAAUAUUCUGUGAUAAAUUAUAUGCGUGAAUAUAGUAAGCGGUUAUAUCUGUCACCGUCAACAAAAUAUAUUAUUUCUAUUCAAGCAGUGACGAUGACGAACGUGUCCAGUAACACGACUUUCUUAGAAGUUAGAACGUCUUCAAGCAUAGAUUUGGAUGGCAAUUUGAUCUUAGUGCAGGCGCCUCGUUCAACAAUAUUAAUGUAUACACCGAAAGUUUUGAAUGAUACAUUUGAUAGUAUGUCCCAUAUUGUAAUAAAGGGACCUAAUCUCUGUGAGCAAUAUACAAAGCUGCCCAAGAAUCUACUGGUACAGGCAGACAAGAAUAUAAGCGGUGAUCAUGUUUGGCAAGUUGCUAAGAUUCCGACUAAUAAGCUGGCCGGUGACGUAUUCACGAUUGACGGUCCUGCGAAUUUUACGAAUUGUCCACUAAAGCAUGGAGAGUUAUAUGAAAUAAUAUUUAUAAUAACAGAGAGCGACGUUUCUGGUGAACGGGUCGUAUUUACGAGUGGAACGUCGAUUCAUCUGGAUUGACAAUGGAUCUACGUGGAUGGAUUUACCGCAAGUGUUUCUAGACUUACAAGCUGACUGAUGCUAUUCAUUUUGAUUGAUGAUAAUCAUCUCACGAGCUAUUCUUCACAAAAGAGCUAUAAUAAAAUGAAAUAUUUACUAUUAGAAAGGGGUCUGGCAAACAGAAACGAUAUAUUCAUGAGAAGAACAUUGAUCUACUUUGGUGAUGCUUUAGUUAGAUGUUGUAAGGUAUGAAUCGUCUCUCUCUCUCUCUCUCUCUUUCUUCUUCUGCCCUUCUCUUUCCGCAUCAUAUCACACCAUAUAAUUAUUAUUAUUAUUAAUUAGCAGUUAAUUACUGCAUAUAUAAAUAUUCUGUUUGCUUGUAUAGUAUUGUAUUCAUCGUAAUAAACAUUAUAACACAUAA